AUGAAUUUCCUUGUGUUGAAGAAAGUAACGCAGAACAUUCCGUCAACGUCGUUUUCUACUGCUGCCGUCGGCGUUCCUUCGAACUACGUUCUGGCCGAUCCAGAUUUCGGGACCGCGCGGCGCGUGGAUAUGAUCAUCGGUGCAGCAUAUUUCUAUUCGUUGCUGCGUGGUGGACAAUUGUCACAUGAUGGAGGCACCGACAAACUACAAGAACAGCUGGAGCGAUUUUGGAAGGUCGAAGAGCUUGCUAUAACAUCAUUGUCUCCUGUUGAACAACAUUGCGAGCAGUACUUCAAGCAGACGACGAAUCGAGAUGACACCGGCAGAUACGUCGUUCGCAUGCCGAAACACCACGACUACGCUCAGAUGCUUGGCGAUUCGAAGGCUGCAGCCCAGAAGCGCUUUCGGUUGUUGGAACAGAGGCUGGCUAAAGACAAGCAUCUGAAGCAGCAGUACGAUGACUUCAUGCGAGAAUACGUGACGCUGGGUCACAUGUUUCCUGUGCCGGUUGAAGAGGACAGCAUGGCUGCGGUUCACUACUUGCCGCAUCAUCCGGUGGUGAAAGAGUCCAGCACGACGACCAAGGACCAGUCGUGCAAGAUGAGCUGCUGUCUCUCGUCGUGCGAUUCCGCAAGUAUAAGGUGGCGGUGAUCGCCGACAUCGAGAAAAUGUAUCGCCAGGUGAGUAUGCAUCCCGAUGACCGACGUUUACAACGUAUUUUUUGGCGCUUUCAGAAAACAGAAGUUGUGCAAACUUUUGAGUUGGCAACGGUGACGUAUGGUCUGGCUCCAUCGUCAUUCCUAGCAACACGUACGCUACUUCAACUAGCUGAGGAUGAAGGCGCUCCUUAUCCUUUGGCAACUGAAGCCGUAAAGAAGAACUUGUACGUGGACGAUCUGAUCUCCGGCGCAGAAAGCAUUGAGCAAGCAAUUCAACUUCGUGACGAACUGACCAGUCUCAUGAGUA